AUUCCUGAUCCGUCCGGUACCAUUCGGCCUUCAGGCCCCGCACCGUUGCGGUGCUCCUCCAGUCCUCCUCUCCGCCUCUCCCAAAUCCAACCGAGAUAGAAAAAAGAAGAAGCGGAGGCAGGAGAGAGGCCGCGAAUGCCGAGGUGAUUCCUCUCGGAGGCUCGCGCGCAUUUGCCACCGGAGAUCCCCCCUUGCCUGUCCACGCCGCACCACUUCCCCCGUCUCCGGCGGCGAACAUCGUCUGGGCAACUGUUCGUCGCGGCGGCGGCGGCGAUUUCUUUCGGGGGUGUUUCUUGGGUGGCUGGCCGAGCCAUUGCUCCGGCUACCGUGGUGCCGCGAGGAAGCCCCGCGUCCGGUUAAGGAGCGAAUCUGCUUUGGUGCUACGCCCCGGUGGUCUUCAGAUCUGAGGCACAAAGCACUUGACUUGAGACGAAUAUCAGAACCUCUCUUAGUUGAUUCUCCAUAUAGUCACUCUUCAAGAUGGAACAAAUUUCGCUUGGGCAUCGAUAUAAGGAGUGCAGGCCACAAAGGACUAGCAGCUGUCCAGCUAAACUACUUGUUGGGAAGGAUGUACUGAAAGAAUUGGAGGAAAGACGGUCAUCCCCCAGUGUGGUCGCAAAACUGAUGGGAAUUGACGUAUUGCCACCUACUUACGUAGCCCAUAAAAGACAUCAACAAUUCAAGGAUGUCUUUGAAGUGUCGGAGGAGCUACCGGAGACUUUCACAAAAGAGAUGUCGUAUCAUUGCCCUAAAGGUCUGCCAAGCUUGAAGAGGAGUGCAAUGAAAUUGAAAAAGCUUAUGCCGUCAAAGUCUCCCUAUUGUGAUGGAACAUUUGAUAAUGACGUGGAGUACAACAAUGGCUUGGAUCGCUUGAACCCACUUGAAAUAGACAAUCCUUUGUUUGAGAAGUGCCCCCGCGAUGUGAAUUAUUCCCCAAAUAAUCAACAUGAGAAAGAUAUCACAGGCACUUUCAGGAAGUACCCAGUGGGUUUAGCUAAUUCCUCACUUAAAGAUAUAAAAGAUCUGCCGAGAGGGAAUUACGGAGAUUUCAACAACAUUGUCGUUCUGGAGCCUGGCUUGGGAAACAGCCAUGAUCCAGAGAACUCUUUUUCCAUGUCGUUGCUCUCUCAUGACAAUUGCAAUUCCAGGAGAAAUAGGAAGAAGAAGUUGGCUGAGUCUGUUGUAAUGAGCAAUGAGAGAGUUUCACAACAUCUUUCAGAUACUGUUAAUGUGGCUAGAAUAAAAAGAGAAAGAUACUUGACUAGUGAUGCCAUCAAUUCUCUGUCAAAAGGAGAGGAGCCAUCAUUUGAUCAAUUCAACAUCAUAGAUAUGAAUAGCACCGGAUCAUUUCAGAUGUAUUCUGGAGGUGACAUUAACUCCAGGCAAAACAACAAGCCAUCAUCAAGUAGCUUACCUGGGAAAUCCUUUCGGAAGUAUGAUGAAGGUGAUGUCGGAUCGAGAACUCUUGCACAGAUGUUUGCUUUAUCUGAUUCAGAGAGGGUAAAGAAAAAUUUGAACCCGCAUGCUCAGAUUCAACACAGUAAACUUGACCAGGGCAAAGGCCACAACAGGGAAGGAUGCUUUAUAGUUUUACCAAAGCAUGGAUCUCCACUGUCUCUUCACACCUCAUUGGACAGGAGUUCUUCCUGCGAAGGGUCUCCUAACAGUGAAAUUUUCCCAGAUCCUUCAGUUAGUUACAACAACGGCAAGGUUACCUUUGAUUCUUUUCUGGCCAAACGAAGGCUCAAGCAAAUUGCCAGCGGGAGGCAAAAUAACUUAAGGAAUGCUUCUGUGGUAAAAAGUCUUGCCUUGGAGCAGCGGAGACCUGCUUCUCCUUCUCUUGAUGAUUUCAGGUGUCAUUCAUGGCGUCCAUCUGAUAAUGUUUCAACUUCUGACUGCAUAAAUGAGAGAGUAUUGUUCGCGACAGAUGAGGGCUUAAUCCACGAGCCUGCUGAAACUGUGCCUUCUGCGUUUCAAUUGCAAUUAUCUAGGAAACAGAAGGUUUCAGCAACGCCUUUGCAGUGUCAUGACUAUGAAUCCAUAUCUAUUUCUAAUCAUGAUGAUCUGGCAAAGUCUCGUAAAGGAUUGGAAGAGUUUGAGCAGCCGAGCCCAGUGUCCAUUCUACAGCCCCCAACUGAUGAAGACAGUUGCUGUUCUGGAUUCUUCAAGAAUGACUUGCAAGACAUGCCCAGUGUGGAGACACAAAUGGACCAUCGUCGAUUCCGAGAUGAACCUGAAGUCUCCUCCAUGUCAUGUGAUGAUGGCAAUGAUUCUUCUUACAAAUCUUUGGAAGCAUUUCAGGUUGAGGAGGACAGGGACUUCUCAUAUCUCCUUGAUAUUCUUAUAAGCUCUGGUAUGAUAGUUUCAACUGACUGGCAGCUCUUGUGCAAGUCAUGGCACUCAUCUAGUUUCCCUGUUGGUCCCCAAGUCUUUGAGAGGCUUGAGAGCAAGUACGCCAAAAUGACUUCAUGGCCAAAGCCAAAGAGGAGACUUAUGUUUGAUCUUGCAAAUUCUGUUCUCUCCGAUGUCCUUGCACCUUGCACCAAUAUACACCCAUGGGUGAGUUCUACUAGACAGUGCAGGCCUAUCUGGGGCCCUGAAGGGCCUGUUGAGAAGGUUUGGCAAAUGAUGGUUAGGCAGCAGGAGGAGCUGGCGAUAGGGCAUCCUGAUGACAAGGUUCUGGAUCCAAACUGGCUGCAAGCUGAUGAUGACAUAUAUGCGGUGGGCAACCAGAUAGCCGUCAUGUUACAUGCUGACCUCUUGGAAGAAGUCAUAUUGGAAUUCCUCUCACUCUCAGGGUCGGCCGCUGCAUGUAUGUAGAUCAAAUUGACGAAACUCAGUCUAUCGCAAGAACAUCGCAAGAAAGUACAGUGACAAGUCUGAGUUAGUUUUUCCAUGAACAAUCUUCAAGCGUAUAUGCUGUUCUAAGCGUUAAUGUUUGUUGCCUUCGAAGAAGUGCACAGAUGUAAGGCUUGUUGAUACAGACGCAACAGUUUUUUUAGUCUAUGAUAUAAUUAUUAUGUCACUUGAUACUGGACAAUUUCUGCCCAUGAGGAAUUUAAAGUAGAAUUCUUUA